UCAUCUUUCAAACCACAUGAGAACCCAUACACAAGAAAAGCCCCAUGAGUGUUCUGUUUGUAACAAACGCUUUUCUUUAAAGUGGAAUCUUCGAGAUCAUAUGACAACACACUCAAAAGAAAAACCUUAUCAAUGUGCCAUGUGUGAAAAGGCAUAUGUCACACAGUAUAAGCUUUCACUUCACAUGAGAAUGCACAGUGAAGGAAAUCCCCUUUCAUGUUCUGUGUGUGAGCAAUCAUAUUCGGAUAAGAGAAGUCUGAAUGGACAUAUGAAAACCCACUCGGAAGAAAAACCUCAUAAGUGUUCUGUUUGUGAUAAAACAUACAAGCGUAAGGAUACACUUCGCCAACAUUUGAAAACCCAUGCUGCAAUAAAGCCUCAUCUGUGCUCCUUAUGUGGUAAAGCAUUCUACCUUAAGCAGACAUAUACAAUACAUAUGCGAUCACACACAAAAGAAAAGCCAUACAAGUGUUCUGUUUGUAACAAAUGCUUUGCUUUGAAAUGUAAUCUUAAAGACCAUGAGAAUAGACACUCGAGAGUAAAAAAGGUUCAUCAAUGUAUGAUUUGUCAAGAGACAAAUUUUACGAAGUAUCAGCUUUCAAUCCACAUGAAAAAUCAUCCUGAAGUUAAACCGUUUCAAUGUUCUGCCUGUGAUAAGAGAUUUUCCCUAAAGAGCUAUCUGGCGCAGCAUAUGAAAUAUCACUCUGACAAAAAGGCUCAUCAGUGCCCAAUGUGCCCAAAAGGAUUCAUCAGAAAUUCUGUUCUCCAAGAACAUAUCAAGACCCAUGCAAGUGAAAAGCCUUUUGAGUGUGCAAUGUGUGGUAAAAGGUUUUCUUCCAAGAUUUCACUUGCAGUACAUAUGAAAAAGGUAUGCAAGAAAAGACCUGACAGAGAACAACAGGAUAAUCCCCUUCCCAGCGUUUGAUACUAAAAGCAUGCUUUCUGAUGAUGAAAUCAUUGCUGAUAUGUGUGAGUACCAAUCUCCAUGUAUUGAAUUUGCCCCAUGUUUUGUUCUGUUAAGAGAUGUACAAUGUAGAUGUUUCUUGACUAGCAGUAAAUUGCAAUCAAAAUAACUUUUGUCAGACAAGACUUUAGAAGAAAGUUCGAUGACGUAGAAUUUCAAUGUAGUAUUAAAGAUACUAUGCCCCUUUUGCAGCCAACAUCAAAUUCUGUAGAACUUUGCAGGAAUUAUGAAUAUGACGUACAUUGUAUAUGGCCUAACUGUGAAAUUUAAACGUUAGCAGUGUCCUAAUAUUCAAAUCAAUGCAAGGAGACCCGUUCAUUUUCUAGACUUCACUGUCAGACACUAUUGUGUGAGUGACUGGCUGACUGACUGACUUCUUUGGUAAUAACAUACAUCAAAUGAGCUGUAAAGGGUAUACCGGUAUGAGCAUUUGUCUGCAUCAAUAACACAAUUCUUGUAAUGGCCAAAAUUAAACCGAUUGAAUCUUUGUGCAGCAUAAAACGUAUGAUCAUUUGGUACAAGGGUCUGAAAAUCAG